AAUUUAUUAAUUAAAAGAAUAUUUUUAUAGAAAUAUAGAUUAUAAUAUGAAAAUUAAAAGUAAUAAAAAGUCGUUAGAAGAUUUCUAUGAAAAACGACAAAGUUUACCAAGUAAAUGGUUACAAACAGAUAUUUUUGGUACAAUUUAUAGGGAUUAUGCCUAUUCAUGUAAUGAUCCUCGGUUUUAUAAAUCACCAUUGGAAUAUGAUUUUUUGAAAGACACAAUAAAUUCAUGUAUGAAAUUCUCAUUUACAGACGAUGAUUUGGAAAUUGAUGAAGAUUUAAUAUUAAAAGAAGAAUAUUUUGAUUCUACAGUUAAAAAUAGAGAAAUUAAUGAUAUGGAAUCAUAUAAAGUUUUGGAAGAAUCGGAGGAUGAAAUAUAUGGCAAAGCAGUUGCUUUGUUUGAUUUUAUACCUGAGCAUGAAAAUGAAUUUGCAUUAGUAAGAGGACAAAAGAUAUGGAUUUCAUAUAGACAUGAACAAGGAUGGCUAGUUGCGGUUGAUCCAGAAACAGGAGAUGCGGGCCUUGUUCCUGAAGAAUAUGUGCAAAUGUAUAAUUUUGACGAUGUUUUUACUGAUAAUAAAAAACAAUAUAUACCUAUUAAACAAAGUGAAGAAACUAUUAUAGAAAAUGAUGUUCAAAAAGAUAAAAUAAAUGAUAAUUAUGAUUCUAAUAGAAAUUCGGAUAUGCAAGAUGUUAUAAAGAAUGAAACAUAUUCAUUAGACGAACAAUACUCUCGUUUAACUUUAUACGAUAAAAACAAUUAAUAUUAUAUUAUCUAUUUUAUUUAUAUUACGGUACUUUUCUAUUA